AUGGGGCCGCGGCACCUGCUGCUGCCGCUGCUCCUGCUCUGCCUGCAGCUCCUGGCCCUGCUGCUGCUGCCCGCGCAGGCGGCCGGGCCCCCCCGCGCCAAGGGCAACCGGACCCAGGGGGCGGCGGCGGCGCGGCGAACCCCCAAGCCGGGCAAGGAGCUCCUGAACCAGACGCUGGCGGGGCCCGGGGUCGCCGCCCCCACGGCGCUGCCCGGGCGCGGCAAAGGCGCGGGGGGCGGCAAGAGCCCCCCCGGGGGCGGGGGCGGCGGAGGGGGCUCGGCCCCGGCGCACGAGACGUGCUGGGGGUACUACGACGUGAGCGGGCAGUGGGACAAGGAGUUCGAGUGCAACAACAGCCUCACGGGCUUCCGCUACUGCUGCGGCACCUGCUUCUACCGCUUCUGCUGCAACAAGCGCGCCGAGAAGCUCAACCAGAGCUUGUGCCGCAACUACAAGAGCCCCGAGUGGGCCCACCCCACCACGGCCAGCGGAGCCCUGCCCGCCGACGGCGGCGACGGUGGCGACGGGGACGCCAACAAGUACGACCCGGACAAGGACAGCACCAACGCCACCGUCUACAUCUCGUGCGGGGCCAUCGCCUUCGUGCUCAUCGCCGGCGUCUUUGCCAAGGUGGCCUACGACAAGGCACGGCGCCCGCCCCGGGAGAUGAACAUACACAGGGCUCUGGCUGACAUCUUAAGGCAGCAGGGACCAAUCCCAAUAGGACACUGUGAAAGAGAGACUAUCUCAGCCAUAGAUACCUCUCCCAAAGAGAACACCCCAGUCAGGACCUCUUCCAAAAACCAUUACACCCCAGUGCGCACCUCCAAGAGCAACCCAGACAGACUAGUGCAAGUUGUGAGCAGGAGCCAGGAUUAAACAUAUAGAUUUACUUUGAAACAAAGCCUCCCAGUGAAACUCAACCUGCUGAGAACUACCCACCAAAACACAUGGAUAAUGUGGGAAUGUAGUGAAGCAGCAUUUUCUGGCACUGUGCUCCGGUGGAGAAGAGGCAGUGAUGUGGAAAAAGUCCAGGAAUGUGG